AUGCCUUUGGAAAAAGCCCCUCCGCAGCUUUCCUGGAGCCCUUUUCAAUACUGGAAGAUGCUUUAAGGUCUCCUCGGAGCCUUCUCUUCUCCAGGCUGAACAACCCCAACUCCCUCCGCCUGUCCUCGUAGCGGGUGAACUCCAACAACAGCGAUGACAAUGACUGACUGGGCCCCCAUCGCAAAGGAGUACGACCCCCUCAAAGCUGGGAGCAUCGACGGCACGGAUGAAGAGCCCCACGACCGUGCCAUAUGGAGGGCUAUGCUGGCACGCUACGUACCCAACAAGGGAGUUACAGGAGAUCCUCACCUCACCCUCUUUGUAGCAAGGCUCAAUCUUCAGACAACAGAGGAGAAGUUAAAGGAGGUAUUUUCCAGGUAUGGAGACAUCAGAAAGAUCCGUCUGGUUCGAGACCUGGUGACGGGCUUUUCAAAGGGUUAUGCAUUUAUUGAGUACAAAGAUGAGCGUGCUCUCUUGAAGGCCCACAGAGACGCCAACAGGCUGGUUAUUGAUCAACAUGAGAUCUUUGUAGACUUUGAACUGGAAAGAACCCUCAAAGGAUGGAUUCCUCGGAGGCUUGGAGGUGGUUUUGGAGGUAAAAAGGAAUCUGGGCAGCUACGGUUUGGAGGACGGGACAGACCUUUCCGAAAGCCCAUCAAUUUGCCAAACAUGAAAAAUGAUUUCUCUGGAGAAGGAUCAGCAGAGAAAAGAAACUGGUCUUGUGAAGGAGCAAGGGACUGGAGAACAAGGGACCGAGACUACGAAAGGAGCAGAGACAAGCGAUGGUCAGAAAGGGAAUGGUCUUGGGCUUGGGGUGACAGUGAGAGAGAGAGGGACUCCAAAGAGGAGAGGAGCAGAGGGCGGGACAGGAAGGACAGAGACAGAAAGGACAGGGAUAGAGACCGGAGCAGGGAAUGAGAUACCAAGGAACAAAGGGACGAUGACUCCUGCACCCAUAAUGUUUCAGUUGCAGAUGUUCCCUUUAGCUUGGGAUUGUGAGCAGCGUUCCCAGAACCAGGAUCUGUGCUUACUGCCUUGGACCUAUGACACUUGCCUGCUAGGAGUUGUCUGUAGUUUGGUCGCUAAUGCAGUUGAUCCGUGUUGAGUUGUUCUUCAGAGAAAAUAAACUUAUGUAUUAAUAUUUGUGAACCGGUGAACACAUUAAAGAAAUGCACUGCGUGUACGGGCACCCCCCUGGAACCAAGUGCACCCCGCGUUCCAUGCCUGUCGGACUGCCUGGAGUAGGGCUCAUGAGAGCACUCUCUAUUUAAUUAUGUGCCAGAUGUCCACACUCAGCGAGACAGGUGCUUUAGUCACUUGUUGAAGAAAUAGUAAUGAAAUACAAACUCAGCUUCUGAAAAACAAGGCCCAAACCAGAAGCUGAUGGAAAGUGAUUGUUUUCCUGAAGACACUGGGACAGGCGAGAUCUUUAGCAAUAGCAUAUCCUUAACUUGUUCCAUGAGGGAGAAAAU